UCAUGGGGCCCCCGGGCAAUAGUUGAUCAUGGGGCCCCUGUGUCCUUGCCCAAACUCAAAAAAGCCUAUGAAAAAGGUACCAGGAGCAUCUCAUGGGGCCCCCUACUGACCCCGGGCCCUCGGGCAGUGCCCGAGUUUCCAAAUGGCCAGUCCGCCCCUGGUUGUGGGUUUACAGUGCCCGAGUUCCCCAAUGGUCAGUCCGCCCCUGGCAGGAAAUGAAUGGGUCAGACCACCCAAGACUGAUAUUUGAAUGUUGGGUAGGCACCAGUGAGCGGAAAUCACACAACAAUACUUCCGUCUCUUGGAUUUCCAACCAUGUGUGGCUU